AUGGAAACACUCCUUAUAACAAUAUCUAUCUAUCUAUCUAUCUAUCUAUCUAUCUAUCUAUCUAUCUAUCUAUCUAUCUCAGUCUAUUUCUUUCUUUCUCAUUCUAUCUAUCUAUCUAUCUAUCUAUCUAUCUAUCUAUUUCAGUCUAUUUCUUUCUUUCUCAUUCUAUCUAUCUAUCUAUCUAUCUAUCUAUCUAUCUAUUUCAGUCUAUUUCUUUCUUUCUCAUUCUAUCUAUCUAUCUAUCUAUCUAUCUAUCUCUUUCUUUCUCAUUCUAUCUAUCUAUCUAUCUAUCUAUCUAUCUAUCUAUCUAUCUAUCUAUCUAUCUCAGUCUAUUUCUUUAUUUCUUUCUUUCUCAUUCUAUUCAUUAUCUAUCUAUCUAUCUAUCUAUCUAUCUAUCUAUCAACUUUUAAUCAUUUCACCCCAAGCAAGGCAAUAAAGUCACUAAGACUCACGGGAUUACUGAUGACUGAAUUCCAUAUUCCAUAUCUAUCUAUCUAUCUAUCUAUCUAUCUAUCUAUCUAUCUAUCUAUCUCAGUUUGUUCAUCUAUCUAUCUAUCUAUCUAUCUAUCUAUCUAUCUAUUCUCAAAAUUAGUUUCAGCAUAUUACCUACAAACUCCAUAA